UAUAACCUAAACCUAAAAAUCUCUCAUAUUUCCUCACUGCAGCCGCACGGCCCUCUCUCUCCGUUUGGUAGCUGAAGGGCAAGCCCAAUUCCAAAGGUUUACUGCCUUCCAAUCUCGGCUUUGAUCUUCUUUUCUACAUCCUAUCCGCCGCUGCUGUAGAACUGCUCAUUGCUUUUCUUCCAUCUCUUCCGCUGUUUUGUCAAGAAGCAAUCCAUCAGCUGUUGUUCUAUGCAGAAGAAAAUUUCCUUCAUCUUGCAGGUUACAUCUAUUUAUUGAAGUAAAAAGACCGGUGACAAGAUAGUACAUUAAUUUAUCCAGCGAGGCAAACACAAGUCGACACAAUGGGGAGGGCGAAAAAGGGCCCUAAAUUUGCAGUAAUGAAGAAGAUAGUCACCUCAAAAGCAAUUAAAAAAUACAAAGAAGAGGUUUUGAAUCCAAAUAAAAAAGAUCUCUCCAAGGAAAAGCUCCCUCGAAAUGUGCCACAAGUUUCUUCUGCACUUUACUUCACAUACAACACAGCAUUGGGGCCACCGUACAGGGUUUUGGUGGAUACCAACUUUAUCAAUUUCUCCAUCCAAAAUAAAUUGGAUUUGGAGAAGGCAAUGAUGGAUUGUUUGUAUGCAAAAUGUACACCUUGUAUCACUGAUUGUGUUAUGGCAGAGCUUGAGAAGUUAGGUCAGAAAUACCGUGUAGCUCUGAGGAUUGCUAAGGAUCCACGUUUUGAGAGACUGCCAUGUAUACACAAAGGGACUUAUGCUGAUGACUGUAUUGUUGAUAGGGUUACUCAGCAUAAAUGCUACAUUGUUGCCACAUGUGAUCGUGAUCUGAAGCGAAGGAUACGCAAGAUCCCUGGUGUUCCAAUUAUGUACAUUACUCAACACAAAUAUUCAAUUGAGCGGAUGCCUGAAGCAACAAUAGGUGGAGCUCCAAGAUUUUGAGGCAUCUUACAAGAGUGGGAAGAGAUAUGGUGUUGUCAUAAUCUCAUCUGCUGUUUACAUAUUAUGAUAUCUAAGGCCACAACCUGUCUUUUUUAUUUAUUUCCAUCCAUUGUUAGGUGAUGUCCUCUAGGAUUUUUAGUGCCUGUCACGAGCUGAGGUUGUUUCCUUCUAUCAAAAGAUAGUAACAGAAAUUUUGUAUUCUCUCUAUAAUUUUUCAAAUUUUGGAGUAAAGAGUAAAUUUGCUGGCA